AUGGAGAAUUCAAUUAGACAUUCAAUUGAUAUAAAGUCAGAAGAUUUUGUAGUUAUAAUUGCCCUUCAGAAUUUACAAACUUUUAUUAUGAUUGGAUAUACAGCAGUAAAUAAAAUAUAUUUAACAUUCGAUGUUGAAUAUUUAUGGGCAUUGUGUCUUGGGACAUUAUUAUUUAUAUAUUCUUUAAUUAGUUUUGUUGUAAUAAGAACUUUUGUUUUAUCAAAAAUUGAUAUUGGAAAAUAUGUUUUAGAAAUUUUAUUUUUUAUAAGUAUUAUAGUUACCUGUACCUUAUCUUUAAUUAUUGAUUCAUUUAAAAUAGCUAAUAUGCAAUUAUUAUUUUUUUCAUUUGCUCUUACAGGAUAUGCAUACUAUAAUUUAAUAACCUUGUUUUUUUUUAGUGUAGCUGCAGGAAUAUUAAUACAAUAUAAUUUAAAUAUAGGAUCCUUUGGAGCUGACAUUGAUACUUUAUUUUUUAUUGAUCUCUUAUCUUAUAUUUUACAAAUUAUUGGAGGGAAUAUCUUAUAUUUUCGUGUCUAUGAAUUAUGUUGUCUUUUAGUCAUAUCAAAAAAAAACCCUUGUAAAUAUGUUGUAGCUUCAAAAAAAGUCAAGAACUUAGAAAAACAAAUAUUUUCCUCAUUAAUUAAUUCAUAUAUAUGUUUUAAAUCGAAAACAUAUUCACACCUACCAUAUCCUAAUGAUUCGAAAAAUAAUAAUAACGCAUCAAUUGUAACUUGUGAAAAAAAAAAAAAAAAUUCAGUACUACAUCAUGAAUAUUCACAUGAAAAUAAAAAUAGCCAUUUUUCUAGUGAUAUUAAUACUACAACACAUCAUAAUAUAAAUAAUAAAAAUAAAGCAUAUUUAAAUUCAAAAUGUACAACACCCUAUAACUUAUCUCUUAAUAAUAGUAACAGCAAUGGUUACAAUUCUGGGGAAAAAAUUCUUACACACAAUAUAGUUAAAAAAAAAAUUAACCAAAAAGAUAAAGAAAAAGAAAAAAAUGAAUAUUUCCAUUUGACUAGCUCAAAAAAAAAAAAAAAAAAUAAAACAAAAAUAAAUAAAAUUUCCAAUAUUGUUCAAAAAAAAAAAAGCAAUACUGUAAAUAUGAAUAUUCCUCAAAAUAAUUAUUUUAUAUUCCCCAUAAAUGAAGACAACUACAAGGGGAUAAGAACAGCGCGUGAUAUAUCAACAUUAAAAUAUAAUGAUGAUAAAAAUGAAAAUGAGUAUAACAUUUCACAAAGAAAGAAGAAUGAAUCACACGUUAUAAUAAAUAUCGCAAAUAAUGACAAUAAUAAUAAUAAUAAUCAUAAUAAUAAUAAUAAUAAUAAUGAUGAUGAUGAUGAUUAUAGUUGUAGUAGUAGUAAUAGUAUUUAUUGUAAUAAAAAUGAAUAUACGUCUGAUAAUAUCAGCCAUUUUAAUAAUUCAAAAAUCAGCUCAAAAUCAGGCAAAAAUGAUAAAGAUUCACAAAAUAUAGAAAAGGAACAAACAAAAUUAAAAAAUAUUAAAAGUUCCAAUAAUCCAUUUAACAAUGAACAACAAAAUGGUGUUAUUACACAAAACUACAAAACUAUAUUGGAAAGAAAAGACAAAGAAGAAGACUCGCAUAUAAUAGACUAUUACCAAAAUAAUAAUAAUAAUAAUAAUAGUAAUAUAAAUUUAACAGAAAAUAAAAUUAAUAAAAUGAGAAAUUGCUUACUCAUAAAAUGUUAUAUUGAUAAUAAAAACAAGGAAACAGAUGAAAAUAAUAAAAUGGAUAAUAAUAAUUUCAUACCAGAUGACCAAAAGCAUAAAAUAAAAAACAUUACAGAUAAUGUAUGUCAAAUUGAAAAACAAAAUCUAUUUAAUUUUGAAGAUGAUAAUAAAAUAUAUAAUAAUUGUAAAUUAUUAACGUGUAAUUAUAAUAUAUUAAAUAAAACAUGUAAUUUAUAUGCUUCUAAAAUAUUUUCACAAAGUGACAUCACUUUAUAUGAAGAUAUUAUUAUGCAAAACGAAAUAACAAAUGAACAAAUAAAAGAUAUAUCAAAAAAAAAAAAAAAAAAAAAAAAAAAAAAUUGCAGUGUAUAUCCCAUAAAUAAAAUGAAUAAAAAUGAUAAAGAUAAUGAUAAUAAUAAUGAUAAUAAUAAUAAUAAUAAUGAUAUAUAUAAUAAUAAUCAUGACAUAUAUAAUAACAAUGGUGAUAUCUUAACCUAUGAUGAAGACAAAAAUAUAGUAUCCAACACAUAUAUAGAAGAACAAAAUUAUACAACAUUCAUAACAGAAGAUUUAAACCCAUACAAUUCAGACGAUUCGGUAAAAUUAAAAAAUAUAAAAAUUGAUAAAAAUAUGUUGUUAUCAGAAGAAAGUGAAUUAUACGAAAUAAAAAAAAAAGUUUUAGGAAAAAGAUAUGAAGAAGAAAAAUAUAACAAUAAUAAUAAUAAAAGUAAAAAUAGUAUAAUUUUCAAGAAAUCGAAAAGUGCCAUAUGUAUAGGAGAUACAAAAAUAAAUAAAACAAGUCAUAAUAAUUUUUCAAAUAAUAAAUAUAUACAAAAUAAUAAAUAUAUACAAAAUAAUAAAUAUAUACAAAAUGAUAAAUAUAUACAAAAUGAUAAAUAUAUACAAAACAAUAAAUAUGUACAAAAUAAUAAAUAUAUACAAAAUAAUAAAUAUAUACAAAAUAAUAAAUAUAUACAAAAUAAUAAAUUUCUUACAAGCAGUAAAAAUUUUUCUAAUAAUAAUAGUAACAGUGUUACAUCCAAAACAUUCUUAAGCAAUUAUAUACAUAAAACAUCAAAUUUAGAUAUUAGAAAUUCAAAUAAUACAGCAUCUUAUAGUAAUAUAAACAAAAGAAUUAAUAUGAAUACAAGACAAACAUAUGAUAUCUUAGAUAAAAUUAUAGAAUUAGAUAUUAGUAAUCAGACCAAAAAAAAACAAAAAAAACAUAAAAGAAAAGAUCUGUCUUUAUAUUCAAAUAAAAAAAAAAUAUAUUUCUCAUCAAAAAAAAAUGGUUACAGAUAUAAAUUCUUAUUUAUGAAUAACCCCAAAGUUCAAAUGUUAUUUAUGUCCUUACCAAAAUGUUUACAAAAUUUCUUUGAUGUAUCCAAAAAGGUACUUUUUGAUUUAAAAAAAAAAAAAAUACUCAUGCAAAAUGCUACUUGGAAAAGUAAAAUAUUCAUACCUGAAAGAAACCCAUUAGGAAUAUUUAAAAAUCCAAAAAUAGAAAAAUGGUAUAUAUCAUGGAUGGAUGAAUUUAAUAAAAAUAUUAUAUGCAAAACAUAUUAUAUACAUAUAUACUUAAUCAUAUAUAUAAUUCUAUUAGACUUAUUAACAACAUAUAAAUUAUAUACAUCUAACUGGAUACGUAAUCCAUUAGGCUUUCAAACUUAUGUACCAUUUGUUCUUAUAAAAUUAUUAAUGAAUAUAAUCAUAUAUAUUUUUUAUGUAUUUAUAUCAUAUAAAAAUAUAAACCAAUUAUAUUAUGAUAUUAAAAAAUAUUACUUUUCGACACUUUUAUUAUGUCUAUGCAAAUUAAUUUUAAGCUUAUUAGAUAUAUAUAUAGCUAUCUCUUCAUUAGAUUAUUUUAAAAGCCCAUAUUAUGUUUAUAUAUAUAUACAUAUGUUAAUAAUUCAAACAUCCAUAUUACUAAUAGUAAGAUAUCCAACACAUUAUUUAUUGUAUUUUCUAUAUAUUAUAUCCUUCACAUCUUUAUAUUGGUCUUUUUCAAUCCACAAAGCAUUUAUGGAAUUCCUCUUUAUAAUCGCUUGUGUAUCAUUUACAAUAAUAUACUCUUAUAUUCUAUGCUCAAGAACUUUAGAAAUUAAUAGAAGAAACUUAUUUUCAAAAUAUGAGCUACCAUAUUUAUUAUAUCUUAAGGAAAUUGUAUACUGUCUCAAGAAAAAUCAAGGUAAAAAAUAUGUGUAA